AUGGUGUGCACGGGAACGCUGAAAAGGAUCGUCCCGGGCAAGAACUACGGGUUCAUCAGGAUGGCCAAUGGCUCGGGGGACGUGUUCCUCCACAUGUCCCGCCUGACCAACGCCAGCUGCAAGGACAUGACUGUUGGCGCCGAGCUGACCUUCGACAUCGAGAAAGAUGUGCGAAGUGGCAAGACAAUGGCAGUCAAUGUGCGCCUCUUUGACCGGGCCGCGUGGCUCAAGGAGGCGAAGGCCUUGGACCACCAGCAGCGCCAGCAGCUGGUCCGGCAACUUCAGGUCCGGCUUGUGUGGGCCUGGAUGUGA